AUGAUGAAACCAAAAGUCCUUAGUAGUGCGGCUAAAAGGAAGAAAAAUAAAGAGCAAAAAGAAAUUAUUUUAAAAAAUGAAAAUAACCAUCUAGGACAUGGAGUUGAAUCAGAUAUUAUAUUGGACACUGAAUCAUCUGCUAUACAUGUGGCAAAUACUACACUUGAUUUGAAUUCAGAAUACCCUACUGAUAGAGGUAAAUUCUCUGACAACAUUACUGAUUCUAACUUAAAGAAACAAAUCAUCGCAUAUGGUCCAUGUAAGCCAACAAACAAAUAUCUUUUGAAAAAUGUCAGUUUAAAAAAUUCUGGUCGUUCUUUUUCAAUUGAUUAUUAUCACUUGACUACUAUAACUGGAAUGAAAAUUCCAAGGCAAUGGUUAUGUUUUUCAGUUAUAAUGAGUAAGGUAUACUGUGAAACUUGUUGGCUCUUUGCCAACAGAUUAAACGCAAAUUUCAAGUAUAACUGGAUUCAUGGUAUAUGUGACUGGCAAAAUUUGAAAAAACAAAUAUCGAUUGAAGCUCAAUUUUGGAAAGAUGUUUUGACCAGAUUAAUAAAAAUUAUUCUAAGUCUUACUGCUGGAAACUGUGCAUUAAGAGGAAAUGAAGGGAAAAAAAAUACUGAUUCAGAAGGAAAUUUUCUACGCACCGUUAAACUUAUUGCUGAAUAUGAUCCUGUAUUGAACAAGUUACUUUACAAUGAAGAGAUUAAAAUAAAAUAUCUUAGUUGGAAAAUACAGAAUGAGCUCAUAGAACUUUUGGCAUCAAAUGUUAAAAAAAUAAUCUGUGACGAGAUUCGAAAUGCUCAAUGCUUUACUAUAAUAAUGGACUCAACCCAAGAUAUCACAAAAGUAGACCAGGUUAGUUUAAUUAUAAGAUAUGUUAUAGUUGAUUAUGAAGAAAAAUCUUUUAAAAUAAUGGAAUCUUUUUUGGGAUUUUAUCCAUUAAUCAAGCAUGGUGCUGAAGAUCACGUUAAUUUAAUUUAUGAAAUAUUGAACAAUUGUAAAUUGGACAUAAAAAGAUGUAGAGGUCAAGGGUAUGAUGGGGCAUCAGUUAUGAGUGGUGCAUAUACUGGUGUCCAAAAAAGGAUUUCAGAUAUUGUACCAAGUGCUUCCUACAUUCAUUGCACAGCUCAUAACCUCAAUUUGGUUAUUUCUGAUAUUGCUAAAAGCUCUCAAAAAGUAGCUUUAUUCUUUGAUAUUGUACAAGAUAUAUUUCUGUUCUUUAGCAAGAGUGCACCUAGAUGGACAUCAUUGGCUUUUGGUAUUACAAUCACCACAAACCAAUCUUCACAAGGCAUGUGA